GCUCGAGCUGUGCAAGCCACACCGUCUGCUUGCAAUAAUGUGACUUAAAAGAUGCGCGAGACUUGUCAUCAAAUGAUCCUUCCAUCUGGCAGAUAGGAUCGCUGGACAGAGGUAAGUGUCAUGGCAUCAGCUAAAUCCCGCCUCACCAAGCUCGCUGGGCACUUUGUCGACUCGAGCUCCACGCCGGCCGCCGUCCCUCCUGGCUCCAAUGACCCUCUAGUGAUUGACGGCCACGCCCGCGGCACCUCAAAGUGGUUCAACUACCAUAGUCUGACGCCGACCUUCUUUCUUCCUCGCGCCGCUGCCAUUGAACCUGAUGCUCUUGCAAUCUACCACAAAACUGCCGACGACAAGCUCCUGACCAAGACCUACAGCCAAUUUGCCCGAAAAGCUUCUGACUUUGCCUACUAUCUCAAGAAGCAUCGAUACCGUCGUAUCGGUAUCUUGUGCCCGAACACCCCAGCUUUCCUAUAUGCAACCUUCGCCGCCAAUGCCGCUGAUGGUGUCGUCAUUCCGGUCAAUUACCGCCUCAAGCCGGACGACAUCAGCUACAUUUUCCAACACAGCGAUGCUGACUUUAUUCUGGUUGACGCCGAGUUCGCGCCACUGCUGGACAACUAUCGCGCCGCAAAACCUCAUGUCCGCAUUCUCAUCGACGAUGACGCUGCCAACGAAUCCGGUGCUUUCGGUUCCGCCCUCGCCAAAGGCGCAGCCUACGAUUUGCAGCACGGGAAUUAUGGCUGGGAGGGUCUCACAUCGCUCGCCGACGAUGAACUCGCAGUCAACGCUCUGACAUACACUUCUGGCACCACGGGCCGCCCUAAGGGUGUCGAGUAUACCCAUCGUGGCUGCUACAUGAGUGCACUCGGCAACAUCAUUGAGUCCGGCCUUGUCUUGCAAGGCACCAGACGCUCGAAAUAUCUUUGGAUUGUGCCCAUGUUCCACGCUAUGGGCUGGACAUUCCCAUGGGCCGUAACCGCUGCUCGCGGUACGCAUUACUGCAUGCGUAAGAUCGACUACCCUUACAUUUGGAAACUACUUCGAGAAGAGGAGAUUACGCAUUUCUGCGCGGCACCCACGGUCAACACGCUAUUAUGCGCAGAUCCUAGUGCGCAAACGCUAAAGCAGGAAGUUCGUGUAAUAGUGGGAGCGAGCCCGCCUACGGCGCAUUUGUUCCAGUCAAUGACAGGAUUGAAUUUGCACCCCGUGCAUGUUUACGGGUCGACCGAGACGUAUGCGCCGAUAACGCGAGGCUAUGAUAUGCCAGCUUACCAUGACUUGCCAGUGAAUGAGAUGUAUGGGAGGCUGGCAAGACAGGGACAUGGGUUUAUUACGAGCUUGCCCGUGCAGGUGAUAAAGACGGGGGAUGAUGUGGCUGAAGGAGUCUUGGUGGAUGUGAAGAAAGAUGGAAAGGAGAUCGGCGAGGUGGUGUUUUCAGGGAAUAUCUGCGCAAGAGGGUACUACAAAGAUGAAAUGGCGACGCGGAAAUUGUUUGCUGGUGGUGCAUUACACAGUGGGGAUCUGGCGGUGUGGCAUCCGGACGGAGCAAUUCAGAUUAUGGAUCGGACGAAGGACAUAAUCAUUUCCGGCGGCGAAAACAUCUCCUCUGUCGCUCUCGAAGCGGCUAUUGUGACGCAUCCGGAUAUCCUUGAGUGUGGUAUCUGUGCUAUUCGAGAUGAGCACUGGGGAGAAAGGCCGAAGGCGUUUAUCACCUUGAAGACGGGGAGAACCAUAACAAAUAAGGACUUUAUCGAAUGGUGCAGGGGGCAUCCGGCUAUCAGUCGCUUCAUGGUGCCAAAGGAGUGUGAGGUGGUGGACGAACUGCCGAAGACGAGUACUGGAAAGAUCAGAAAGAAUGUGUUGAGGCAGUGGGCCGAAGGGGACAGAAGCGAAGGAAGUCAGUGA